UUGAUUUUUCUUCUUCUUUCUAAAUUUUUCUCUCAUCUAGAACCUCAGUGGUUCGUGCGCUUUGUUUUCACCCCUCAGUGUCCUAAGCAACCAUGGCCGAGCGCUACAUCCCAGAGCAUCGUCGCACCCAGUUCAAGGCUAGGAAUCAGUUCCGGCCUGACGAGCUUCGUCGUCGUCGUGAGGAGCAGCAAGUUGAAAUUCGCAAGCAGAAAAGAGAAGAGAAUUUGGCCAAGAGGAGAGGUAUCCAGACCCGCGAUGGUGGGAUUGGUGUGGGAGAAGGCAUGGCCGCUGCCGCCGAGAGUGAUGAUGAAGCCACUGCCAUAGAAAGCGAGCUCAAUGUGGAACUACCGGAGAUGGUUAAGGGUGUCUUCUCAGAUCAGAUCGAGUCGCAGAUUCAAGCCACAACUAAGUUCAGGAAACUGCUUUCCAAGGAGCGCAACCCUCCCAUCGAGCGUGUUAUUGAGACUGGUGUCGUGAGCCGUUUCGUUGAGUUCCUUCGUUCUCCUCAUACUCUAGUUCAAUUCGAGGCCGCCUGGGCCUUGACCAACAUUGCAUCUGGAUCUGCUCAGCAAACCCAGGUGGUUAUCGAAGCCGGUGCUGUGCCCAUUUUCGUCGAGCUGUUGAGCAGCCCGGAACCUGAUGUUCGGGAGCAGGCUGUUUGGGCUCUGGGUAACAUCGCUGGUGAUAGCCCUCAAUGCCGUGACUUCGUCCUCAACGCUGGUGCCCUCCGUCCUCUCUUGAACUUGAUCAACGAUGGCCGGAAGUUGAGCAUGUUGCGCAACGCUACAUGGACUUUGAGUAACUUCUGCCGUGGCAAGACCCCCCAGCCCGAUUGGAACACGAUCGCUCCUGCUCUUCCUGUCCUCGCCAAGCUUAUUUACAUGCUUGAUGAUGAAGUCCUCAUUGAUGCUUGCUGGGCUAUUUCCUACCUCUCCGAUGGUGCGAACGAUAAAAUCCAGGCUGUUAUCGAGGCAGGCAUCCCUCGUCGCCUUGUUGAGCUUCUUAUGCACGCCUCGACCUCCGUUCAGACUCCUGCUCUUCGGUCUGUUGGAAACAUUGUGACCGGUGAUGACGUACAGACCCAGGUUAUCAUCAACUGCGGUGCUCUCCCCGCCCUCCUCUCUCUCCUCAGCUCUACCAAGGAUGGUAUCCGUAAGGAGGCUUGCUGGACUAUUUCCAACGUCACUGCUGGCAACUCUAGCCAGAUCCAGGCUGUCGUCGAUGCUGGCAUCAUUCCCCCGCUGAUCAACUUGCUCGCCAACGGCGACUUCAAGACCCGCAAGGAAGCUUGCUGGGCGAUCUCCAACGCCACCUCUGGUGGUCUGCAGAAGCCUGAGCAGAUUCGCUACCUCGUUUCUCAGGGAUGCAUCAAGCCGCUCUGCGACCUGCUUGCUUGCCCCGACAACAAGAUCAUCCAGGUUGCUUUGGAUGGCCUUGAGAACAUCCUCAAGGUUGGUGAGAUGGACAAGGAGGCUGCACAGACUGGCGAGGCCCGCGUCAACCGCUAUGCUCUAUUCAUUGAAGAGGCCGGUGGUAUGGAGAAGAUCCAUGACUGCCAGAACAACGCCAACGAGGAGAUCUACAUGAAGGCCUACAACAUCAUCGAGAAGUACUUCUCUGAUGAAGAAGAGGCCGGCGGUGAUAUCGAUGAGCUUGCUCCUCAACAAACCCAAACAGGAUUCACCCUUGGCACUGCCCAACAACAGCCAGGUGGUUUCAACUUCGCCAACGGUGGCGACUCCAUGGACAUGUAA